GGAGGCUGUGAGGUCAGCGGCGGCGUCCGCGCACGUCUGGAGUCCUUCCCCGCUGAGCUCAUCAUGGACCCGAUCCGGAACUUCUGCGGGAAGCUGCGGUCUCUGGCCAGCACGCUGGACUACGAGACGGCCCGGCUACAGCGAGCGCUGGACGGAGAGGAAAGCGACUUUGAAGAUUAUCCAUUGAGAAUUUUAUAUGACCUUCAUUCAGAAGUUCAGACUCUAAAGGAUGAUGUUAAUAUUCUUCUUGAUGAAGCAAGAUUGGAAAGUCAAGAAAGCAUUGAUUUCAUGAAGGCAACAAAAAUACUAAUGGAAAAAAAUUCAGUGGAUAUUAUGAAAAUAAGGGAGUAUUUCCAGAAGUAUGGAUAUAGUCCACGUGUCAAGAAAAAUUCAGUGCACGAACAAGAAGCCAUUAACUCUGACACAGAGUUGUCUAAUUGUGAAAAUUUUCAGGAGCCUGAUGUCAACAAUGAUGUGAACAGUUCUGAUCCUCCUGUAGCAAGCAGUUGUAUUUCUGAGAAGUCUCCACGUAGUCCACAACUUUCAGAUUUUGGACUUGAGCGGUACAUGGUAUCCCAAGUUCUACCAAACCUUCCACAGUCAAUGAACAACUAUAAGGAAGAGCCCGUAAUUUUAACUCCGCCUACCAAAGAGUCACUAGUAAAAGUACUAAAAACUCCAAAAUGUGCACUAAAAAUGGAUGACUUUGAGUGUGUGACUCCUAAAUUAGAACACUUUGGUAUCUCUGAAUAUACUAUGUGUUUAAACGAAGAUUACACAGUGGGACUUAAAAAUGUGAGGAAUAAUAAAAGUGAGGAGAACACAGAUACGGAAUCGAGGCCCAGUGAUAAUGUUUUUGCCACUCCUGGCCCUACCAUCCAGCAGUUGGGAAAAAGUGGUGCUGAGUUUACAGAUUCUCCUUUGGUACCUACAUUGUGUACUCCUGGUUUGAAAAUUCCAUCUACGAAGAACAGCGUAGCUUUGGUAUCCACAAAUUACCCAUUACCAAAAACAAAUUGUUCAUCAAACGAUUUGGAAGUUAAAGAUUGUACUUCGUUGGUUUUAAAUUCAGACACAUGCUUUGAGAAUUUAACAGAUCUCUCUUCACCUACGAUUUCUUCUUACGAGAAUCUUCUCAGAACACCUACACCUCCAGAAGUAACUAAAAUUCCAGAAGAUAUUCUCCAGCUUUUAUCAAAGUACAACUCAAAUGUAGCUACUCCAAUAGCAAUUAAAGCAGUGCCAACCAGCAAAAGGUUCCUUAAACAUGGACAGAACAUCCGAGAUGCUAGCAACAAAGAGAACUGAAAUUCUACUGGAUCCACCCAUUACAGACACUGAACAGAAUGA